AUGCCCCUGCCCCGCAGGGGAAGGGGAUCCCGCCUAGCCAGCUCCUGCGUGGCGAGCACUAGUCUCCCGCGGGCGAGGGCCCACUCGCCAAGGCGUGCGGGCCGCGGGACCCCGUUGUCGAGCCAUGCACAACGCCUCACCCGGCGGCGCCAUUCCUCCUAGCAGAUCCUACCAAGGCCCGAGACACAGGCGGACUUCCGCUCGGGAAAGUGGCUCCAAGACUGCGCCGGAGGGGACGCCAGGGAUUCGCGGCAGACCCCGCGUGCUAGGAUGGGCUCUAGGCACAGGACCUGUAGUUGGGAAGAAGUAGUGGUCCCUUGUGCUUCUGACAAUGAUUCAGGAAGUGUGGAUUUGCAGCUGAGCAACUUAGAGGAUAUUAAAAAAGGCCCAAGUAGCCUUGAACUUACAGACUCGGAUAUCCCUGGACUCCCUUGGGAAUCCCUCACAGACACCUUCAGACACCUGACCCACCAGGGCCCCCUCGGUGAGGUCAUUGUUGAGAGGCUGAUUCAAUCCAUCCUGGAGUUUUUUAAUGGUGAACUAAAGAGUGAACCUGAGAAGCCAACAUUCCUAAGAUCUUUGUCUUCUCUCAGCCGAACUCUACCUUAUGAUGAAACCACAGAGUCAUUCAUUCCCAGCCACAUAGUAGACACUGUGCAUAUGCUCAAUGUAAGUAUUGUGACCUUAUCACAAAUUAUCGGGACCAUGCAAAUUCAGUGACUUGGCUAACAAAUUUCAGUGGCUUUACCUAUAUUAUCAAUUCCCUCGACCUCUUCUCAUAUCAGUAUCUCUGCAUAGAGGAGAAAU